UGGUCUCAACAAAACCUUAUUCUUCUCAAACAUCAUAGUUUCUGUUCCCAACAACUAUGGCUUCAACACCUGGAAUCCUCUCAGACUGGCCAUGGAAACCUCUCGGAACAUUCAAGUACAUGCUAUUGGGUCCUUUUGUGAUUAGAAGUUGGUAUGGUAUGUUGGUGAAGGAUGAGAGCGAAAGGGACGUAACAGCCUUUCUAAUACUACCAUUUUUGCUGUGGCGUAUGCUUCACAAUCAAAUAUGGAUUACUCUCUCUCGACAUCGAACUGCCAAAGGCAAUGCAAGAAUUUUUCACAAAGGAAUUGAAUUUGAUCAAGUUGACAGAGAGGCCAAUUGGGAUGACCAAAUUCUGUUCAAUGGGCUACUGUACUACUUGGCAAACUGGACAUUCUCUGGUGCAUCACGUCUUCCAUUAUGGAGAACAGAUGGAAUGAUUAUGGCAAUGCUGAUUCAUUCAGGACCAGUGGAGUUUCUGUAUUAUUGGUUGCAUAGAGCACUUCAUCACCAUUUUCUCUAUUCUAGAUACCAUUCUCACCACCAUUCUUCCAUUGUCACAGAACCUAUAACUUCUGUGAUUCAUCCAUUUGCUGAACACGUAUCAUAUUUCGUUCUGUUUGCAAUUCCAAUGUUAACCUCAGUCUUCACUAACACAGCGUCUAUGAUCACCAUAUUUGGAUACGUGACUUACAUUGAUUUUAUGAAUAAUAUGGGUCAUUGCAACUUUGAGAUUGUUCCAAAGUGGCUCUUUAGUAUCUUCCCUCCUCUCAAGUACUUCAUGUACACCCCAUCGUUUCACUCCUUGCACCAUACUCAAUUUAGGACAAAUUACUCUCUCUUUAUGCCAUUUUAUGACUACAUCUAUGGCACCAUAGACAAAAAUUCUGAUCAAUUACAUGAUUCAGCAUUGAAACGAGAAGAAGAAACCCCAGAUGUUGUGCACUUAACACACCUCACAACACCUAAAUCUAUCUAUCAUCUAAGACUUGGAUUUUCUUCCUUAGCCUCCAAACCCUACCAACCCAAAUGGUACCUUUUCUUCAUGUGGCCUCUCACAGCUUUCUCGAUGAUCCUAACAUGGAUAUGUGGUCGUACAUUCAUUGUGGAGGAAAAUCGUUUGGACAAACUCAAGUUGCAAACUUGGGCAAUACCCAAGUACAAUUUUCAGUACUCUUUGCAAUCGCAAAAGUUGAGUAUCAACAGAAUGAUAGAGAAGGCAAUAUUAGAUGCAGACAAAAAGGGUGUAAAAGUGUUGAGCCUAGGUCUGAUGAAUCAAGGGGAGGAGCUUAACAUCUAUGGAGGGUUAUAUGUUAGCAAACAUCCUAAGCUAAAAGUUAAGGUUGUUGAUGGAAGCAGUCUUGCAGUUGCUGUUGUUCUUAACAGUAUUCCUAAAGGAACAACACAAGUAUUGCUUAGGGGCAAACUCACCAAGGUUGCUUGUGCUCUUGCUUUCAAAUUGUGCCACCAAGGAAUCAAGGUUGCUACAAUGCAUAAGGAUGAUUAUGUGAGGCUAAAGAAUUUGUUGGAUAGGUCUGCAACUAAUUUGACUAAUUUGAUCAUUGAGAAAAGCUGCACCCAAAAGAUUUGGUUAGUUGGAGAUGAAUUGACUCAAAAGGAACAAUUGCAUGCACCCAAAGGAACAUUGUUUAUUCCAUACUCACAAUUCCCACCAAAGAGAUAUCGCAAGGAUUGCUCCUACCAUUGCACCCCAGCAAUGCUAAUUCCCAGUUGCGUUGAAAAUGUCCAUUCUUGUGAGGAUUGGUUACCAAGGAGGGUAAUGAGUGCAUGGCGCAUUGCUGGAAUAGUACAUAAUUUAGAAAGAUGGAGUGAACAUGAGUGCAACUACACAAUGAAUGACAUAGAUAAAGUUUGGCAUUCAACACUUCAACAUGGAUUUCAAUCUCUUAAUGCACUGAAUUCUGACAAGGAGCAGGAUGAAUGA